AUGAAAAUAGUAACAAAUGAUAACAACAGCCUGGGUUAUGACCAGGAUAACCACUCCCAAGAUAACAACAGCCUGGGUUAUGACCAGGAUAACCACUCCCAAGAUAACAACAGCCUGGGUUAUGACCAGGAUAACCACUCCCUCCAAGAUAACAACAGCCUGGGUUAUGACCAGGAUAACCACUCCCAAGAUAACAACUGCCUGGGUUAUGACCAGGAUAACCACUCCCUCCAAGAUAACAACAGCCUGGGUUAUGACCAGGAUAACCACUCCCAAGAUAACAACAGCCUGGGUUAUGACCAGGAUAACCACUCCCACCAAGAUAACAACAGCCUGAGUUAUGACCAAGAUAACCACUCCCACCUUGAUAACAACAGCCUGGGUUAUGACCAAGAUAACCACUCCCACCAAGAUAACAACAGCCUGGGUUAUGACCAAGAUAACCACUCCCACCAUGAUAACAGCCUGGGUUAUGACCAAGAUAACCACUCCCAUCAAGAUAACAGCCUGGGUUAUGACCAGGAUAACCACUCCCACCAUGAUAACAACAGCCUGGGUUAUGACCAAGAUAACCACUCCCAUCAUGAUAACAACAGCCUGGGUUAUGACCAAGAUAACCACUCCCAUCAAGAUAACAGCCUGGGUUAUGACCAGGAUAACUAUUCCCACCAAGAUAACAACAGCCUGGAUUAUGACUAG